AUCAAAACAAAAUUCAGGGUCAAAUUGUCAUUUUUAGCUCUGAUUCAUCAUCUUUAAUUUAUCAUCAAUCAGCCAUAAGAAUCAAAAAAACCCUCGUCAAAUUGAUAAGAUUAACAGUGUUCAGCCAUGGAAAUGCUACUGCUUUCUUCUCCGCUUACCCCUAAUUUGUCACCAUCUUCAUCUUCUGGUUCUAAACCCUCACCUCUUCGGUUCAAUUACAAACCAACUUUUUCUUCUCCUUACAGUAAUCAUAAUAGAAUCUUUCCAUCGUUCAAAACAACUCUGACAGCAGCUCCCCAAUUCACUGCUCAACAGUCUCCGGCCACCGCGAUGAGAGGAGCGGAGGGAGAUGCGAUGGGACUGUUGCUUAGAGAGAGGAUUGUGUUCUUGGGGAACAAUAUUGAUGAUUUUGUUGCUGAUGCUACUAUUAGUCAGCUCUUGCUUUUGGAUGCUCAAGACCCGACUCGCGAUAUUCGCCUUUUUAUCAACUGCCCGGGUGGUUCUCUCAGUGCUACAAUGGCCAUCUAUGACAUGGUGCAACUUGUGAGAGCUGAUGUUUCCACAGUAGCUCUUGGCAUCUCGGCAUCAACAGCAUCCAUUAUCCUUGGCGGUGGCACAAAAGGCAAACGGUUUGCAAUGCCAAACACACGGAUUAUGAUCCAUCAGCCUCUUGGAGGGGCUAGUGGGCAAGCAAUAGAUGUGGAGAUUCAAGCACGAGAAAUCAUGCACAACAAAAAUAAUGUCAUUAGCAUCCUUUCGGGUUUCACUGGCCGCUCGGUGGAACAAGUUGAGAAGGAUAUUGAUAGGGACCGUUAUAUGUCUCCAAUAGAGGCAGUUGAAUACGGAAUAAUUGAUGGAGUUAUCGAUGGAGACAGCAUCAUUCCUCUGGCUCCUGUGCCAGAUAGAGUAAAGCCGACAUUAAACUAUGAGGACAUGAGAAAAGAUCCGAUGAAAUUCUUGACACCAGAUGUUCCCGACGAUGAAAUAUUCUAAAUCGUGUCAUAUGCUGAAUUGCUGCAAGUUAAAUUCGAUGUAUUAGAUGCAAUAGCCGAACCGGAAUGCUUUUGAAGAGUUAGUUUUGAGACUGUCAAUAGAGUCCAGGAUUACUUGCAAGUUAAGCCUAUUGACCUGUGUUUUACACAAAUGCAUAAUGAAAAGAUAUGAGCUGAAAUUGGCAGGCAAA